AUGUCCACCAAAGAAAGCCGCGCGACGGACCGCACGCGGAUUGCGGCCCUCAACCAACAAAUCCAACAACUUGUUACGGAGAAGGAAGCUCUUCAGAAACGUCUGGACGCCUACAAAUACCCGAUUCUGACACUGCCCAACGAAAUAAUGGCGGAGAUUUUCCAGCAUUGCCUUCCCGCUCCGCCCCACUCUCCGCCGCCGUUUGGACCGGGUUCUCCAACAGUGCUGACCCAUGUUUGCUCUCUCUGGAGACAAAUUGCACUUGCAAUGCCAGGAUUGUGGUGCUCCAUUUCGAUGGAUUCCGCGCCAGAUACGUUGAUAUCAUGCUGGCUGGAGCGCUCCGGGACGAAGCCGCUCUCCAUACAGACGAACAACAUGCUCGACUCGGUCGAGUCGUCGCUUUUGCACCACUUUCGCCCCCACCAAGCACGUUGGGAGACAAUUCAGCUGCGCGUUGACUCACAAUCGUUGUCGACCCUCUUGCUCCCCAUGCCCCUCCUCCGCCACAUCGAGCUCGACGGGCAGGAUGUUCCCGCGGGCACACGUAUCACAGAGGUUCCCGCACUCCGCUCGGCCAUUCUCUGGGAGUUUGACCAACAUAUGGUCCUCCUUCCCUGGCAGCAACUCACGUCGUUAGCGCUAAUCAGCACGACCCCAGAAGAAUGUACUCCUAUUCUUCAAGAGGCUAUUCAGCUCAUAGUUUGCGAACUCGUGCUCACGGGAGCUUUACCGGACGACCAACCACAGAUCACAUUGCCUGCUUUGGAGCGCCUUACCCUGACACACUAUCUGUUCACGGAGGAGCCUGCGCCUACAGGUUUUCUCGAAUUUUUUUCUGCUCCUUGCCUCAAACGGCUCCGCAUCGUCAACCGCCUCAUCCCACCUAGCUCCCUCGAGCGCCUCCUGGAGAAGCACGACAAUAUAGAAGAGAUUUGUAUUCUCGGAAAGCGAGGCCACGGUAUGCCAACGCGGCAAGUACAAUAUGCGAGCCAACACCCUACAAUCAAGUUCACCUUAGAAGAAAACCUGGACGAAUGGUUUGAGGACAUGGAGGCGGACCAGACGCGCAUGGCGAUGCGCCGCCUUCGCAGCUUCAUUGAGAUCCCGCUUUUCGAGUAA